AAAAACCUUGCAAUGGAUCUUCAACUAAACACUAACCUUCUCCUCAUCACAUCCUUCGUUUUUGCUUUCAUGCUUAAUGUCUUCUUCAAAUGGUUCUCCAAGAAUUCAACGGCUGCAACAAAUCUGCCACAGAGCCCUCCAGCUUUACCAUUCAUUGGUCACCUUCAUUUGAUAGGCAAAGUGUUGCCUGUCUCAUUCCAGAGGCUAGCUCGUAAGCAUGGCCCACUCAUGGAGAUACGUCUUGGUGCCUCUAAGUGUGUUGUGGUCUCAAACUCUUCGGUGGCUAGAGAGAUAUUCAAGAACCAAGAGCUUAAUUUCUCCUCCAGACCUGAGUUCGGUUCUGCUGAGUAUUUCAAGUACAGAGGGUCAAGGUUUGUCCUCGCGCAGUACGGUGAUUACUGGAGGUUCAUGAAGAAGCUCUGCAUGACCAAGCUUCUCGCUGUUCCUCAGCUUGAGAAAUUCUCCGACAUCCGUGAGGAGGAGAAACUGAAGCUGGUGGAGUCUGUGGCUAAGUGUUGCAGAGAAGGGGUGCCUUGUGACUUGAGUAGCCUGUUCGUGAGUUACACGAACAAUAUCAUCUGCAGGAUGGCGAUGAGCACGAGGUGUUCAGGUACUGAUAAUGAAGCGGAGGAGAUUAGGAAGCUGGUCAAGACAUGUUUGGAGCUUGCGGGGAAGGUCAGCGUUGGAGAUGUGUUGGGGCCAUUGAAAGUACUUGAUUUUUCAGGGAGCGGGAGGAAACUUGUGGCGGUGAUGGAGAAGUAUGAUCUGCUUGUAGAGAAGAUCAUGAAGGAACGUGAGGCAAUGGUGAUGAAGAAAGAAGGUAUGAGAAAAGACAUUUUGGAUAUAUUGUUGGAAACUUACAGAGAUCCCAACGCUGAAAUGAAGAUAACGAGGAAUGACAUGAAGUCUUUCCUGUUGGAUGUUUUCAUGGCGGGAACAGAUACAUCAGCAGCAGCAAUGCAAUGGGCAAUGGGGGAACUAAUAAACCAUCCAAAAGCGUUCAACAAGUUAAGAGAAGAGAUUGACACCGUUGUUGGAAGCAAAAGACUAGUCAAAGAACCAGACGUUCCUAAUCUCCCUUACCUCCGAGCUGUCCUAAGAGAAACUCUGAGGCUCCACCCAUCAGCUCCUCUGAUCAUAAGAGAAUGCGCAGAAGACUGCCAGGUGAACGGGUGUCUUAUCAAGUCAAAAACACGUGUGCUAGUAAACGUCUAUGCAAUCAUGAGAGAUCCAGAGCUGUGGAAGGAUGCAGACAAGUUCAUACCAGAGAGGUUUCUAGAGAGCUCUGAAGAGAAGAUAGGUGAGCAUCAGAUGGAGUUCAAGGGGCAGAAUUUUCGUUACCUUCCGUUUGGGAGUGGGAGAAGAGGUUGUCCAGGAGCGUCUCUUGCUAUGAAUGUGAUGCAUGCAGGUGUGGGUUCGUUGGUGCAGCGAUUUGACUGGAAGAGUGUUGAUGGAAAGAAGGUUGAUCUGAGUCAAGGUUCUGGUUUUGCUGCUGAGAUGGCUCGACCACUUGUCUGCACUCCUGUGGAUUGCUUCAACACUUUCUAAGUGUUUGUGUAACGCCUUAUUUACAUGUUUCUGUAAGACUUCCCAAGAAAUGUAUGUAUUAAGAAACCAUGGAUCUGUAAUUCUGUAUAAUUUCAAGGCUCUUUCGAAUAAAACUUGCUCUCCAAUAUUAG